CGAUAUAAUAAUACCCCGAGCCAUCCAAUCCUAUACACACGACGUUGACCUCCAACAGGAGGAUCAACUCGACUUCUCGUAACGUGCUAUUCGCAUGACGAGAAUUCAUGAAUCGCAUAAAAGAGCACUGUUGCUUUCGAGUGACGAGCACGAGCACCCGCCUGAGGAAACAAGUUCCGGGCGCGGAAACACGCAUGAAUGGCUGCUGUAGUGGCAGUGUUUACAUUCCAAGAUGAGUUCGUGAUGCCGUUCUCGACGGAAAGGAUUCGCACUUCGCAGUCACGGAGCAAUCCCCUAGAGACGGACCUGUAGAUGGCCUCGUAAGGAGUAACCGCAUUCAAGCGUAUAAAAGAGGCCAUCAUCUCCUGUCGAGUAUCCUCCAACAGCAGUUCAACAACCCGCGUGGCAUACUCCAGCUUUCUAAACAACAUCUCUUCUCAACACCUUCCAACCAUCACCAUGAAAUCCACCCUCGCCCUCCCCAUAGUCCUCGCCACCCUCGGUCUCGCCGCCCCAGGAGCGCACGAAAAGCGAGCCAUCGGCCAAGUCACUCUGUUCAAGAAUGUCAACUACGGCGGCCAGAGCACCACGCUCAGAAUCGAGACCACCGUCAACAACGGCUGCACAAACCUGCCUUCGAGCUUCAACAACCAAGUGCUUUCCAUCCGCCUCAGCCCCAACGAUGGAACCUUCUUCUGCCGCCUUGCUGAUGGGCCUAACUGUGACCCAAAUACGUAUACCACGUGGAACUUCAAUCACGACGUGCCGGAUCUGAACGCACCUGAUUAUGGGAUUGGGAACCGAGCUAGCUCUAUCUUCUGCGAUGUUAAUGUCUAAGGGAAUUACCGCGGUAUACGAACAGACUAGAUAGGGACAAGCCAUGAUGAUGAGAGGAGUAGUGGUGGAGUGGUUGGGAAGCUUUAAGUUCGUACGCUUGUUGGACGUUGUUUUGUCUGUG